GCCUUCCAGAAAGCUGCGCCCGCCGCCGCCUCCGCCCGGGGCUCUGGUCCAGGCCCGAGCUGCGCGCCAUGGAGCUCCGUGCAACGGAUCCGUCGACAAUGGCGCGCCCCAGCCUCCACUGCGGGUGAGAGCUCGCCAGGCCGCCCGAGGGAGCGACGAUGGAGCCCGGGGAGCGGGGUGGAAAUCCUCCUUUCAGGGCCGGAGAGCUAGCACGGAGGAACCUGGCUCCCACCCUGGCCCAGCCGCAACCCUGGAGACAGCAGCCUCCGGAAUGCUGAGAGCCUGAGCAGCAUGAAGGCCUGGGGUCGGCUCCUGCUGGUCAUCCUGUGUUCCGUGGGCUUCUCCACUGUCUGCCUCCUGCUCUGCUGCUGGGCCUGCCUGCCCAUCUGCCUGGUUGGCUGCCUGGACCCCUCUGUCGGCCCCAGAACCAGGCCCACCGUGCCGGGGCCCCUGCACUUUAGCGGCUACAGUAGUGUGCCAGAUGGGAAGCCGCUGGCCUGGGAACCGUGCAGCAGCUGCGCUGUGGUGUCCAGCUCGGGGCAGAUGCUGGGCUCGGGCCUGGGUGCCGAGAUCGACAGCGCCGAGUGUGUGCUGCGCAUGAACCAGGCGCCCACCGUGGGCUUCGAGGCGGACGUGGGCCGGCGCAGCACCCUUCGCGUCGUGUCGCACACGAGCGUGCCCUUGCUGCUGCGCAACUCGUCCCACUACUUCCAGCAGGCCCGAGACACGGUCUACGUGGUAUGGGGCCAGGGCAGGCACAUGGACAGGACGCUGGGCGGCCGCACCUACCGCACGCUGCUGCAGCUCACCCAGAUGUACCCAGGCUUGCGGGUGUUCACCUUCACCGAGCGCAUGAUGGCCUACUGCGACCAGGUCUUCCAGGAUGAGACAGGCAAGAACAGGAGGCAGUCGGGUUCCUUCCUCAGUACCGGCUGGUUCACCAUGAUUCUGGCCCUGGAGCUGUGUGAGGAGAUCGUGGUCUAUGGGAUGGUCAGUGACAGCUAUUGCAGGGAAGGUGGCCAUCGCUCUGUGCCCUACCAUUACUUCGAAAAGGGUCGCCUGGAUGAAUGUCAGAUGUACCUGGCACAUGAGCGGGCCCCACGGAGCGCCCACCGCUUCCUCACCGAGAAGGCCGUGUUCUCCCGCUGGGCAAAGCAGCGGCACAUCGUGUUUGCCCACCCGUCCUGGGGAGAGCAGUAGAGGUGGACACUGCUGGGCCCAUGCCCUGGUUCCAGCCACACUCUUGCUCUGGCCACACCCUGGUCCUCCUCAAGUCAACCAGAACAUUCCAGGAGGAACCUGCUGCCCAGGUGGCACCCCGGUUCCCUUCCUGUCCUUGGAGUACAUUGGCCCCACUGGGCCUCCGGACUUGGAGAUGAAUGGGCGGAUCACGGUGAUCUCGAAACAUCCUCACUCCACUCUCACUUCUGGAAUCAUCUGGAUCUACAUUUGGGGGUUAGCCUACCUCCAUGCCUGUGCAGUGGCCUUUGUCCAGGGCAGGUGCCCCGACCCCCAACUCCCAUUCACCAGCAACAGGAUGUUCGACUUCAGGCCAGCCCUGGGACUUUCAGCUCCCUCUUCACACCUGAUACCACCCCCCCCUUUUUUUUUUUUUUUGGU